GCCGGCAGAGCCGGGCGAGGACGGGCGCCGCGGAGCCGCGCUCCUGCUUUCCUCCCGCAGCCCGGGCCGAGCAGCCAUCCCUUCUGGCAUGCUCCUCAUCCCUGAGCACACGAUGUCUCAGUACUCCACCAACUUCCUGCUGCUGCCCAUCCCGGAGUACCCUGCGCUGGACUGCGCGCCCAACAAAAUCAUCAAGCUGGUGGUGCUGGGCGGCAGCGGCGUGGGCAAGACAGCCCUGGUCGUGCGCUUCCUCACGAAGAGAUUUAUUGGGGACUAUGAAGCCAACACUGGUGCUUUGUAUUCCAGGAAGUUCACCAUAGAUGGGGAGCAGAUCUCUCUGCAGGUGCAGGACACUCCCUUUGUCUCAUUGGAGGAUGACACAGACAGCAUCUGCUGCCAGGAGCAGAUAAACCGCUCCAUCUACUGGGCCGACGGCUUCGUCUUCGCGUUCUCCAUCACGGACUACGAGAGCUUCCGCCUGCUGCGCCCGCUGCACCAGCACAUCCGCAGGAUCCACCCCAACGCCAACAUCCCCCUGCUGCUCAUGGCCAACAAGGGGGACCUGCUGAGGGCCAGGCAGGUGUCCUCCAAGGAGGGGCUGCAGCUGGCCACCGAGCUGGGCGGCACCUACUGCGAGGUGUCGGCGCGGGAGAGCUGCGAGGGCGUGCACGAGGCCUUCCAGCAGCUGUGCCAGGAGCUCAGCAGGAGCAGCUCCAGCUGCAACGGGGAGAAGAGGAGAGGUCUGCACCUGGUCAGGCCCAAGUCGCCCAACAUGCAGGACUUGAAGAGGCGUUUGAAGCAGGCUCUGACUUCCAAAGGCAAAUCUGCCACCACGCUUUGAUGUUCCUGCUCAGGGAUUGUGUUCUGGAGCCCUGGGUAAAAGGGCAACAAGCUGGGAAAAAGGGGCAUCAAUUCAGCCAUCAGGAUGUGGGAGAGACUCUCAGUCCUGUGAGAGACCCUCAGGUCCUGUGAGAGACUCUUUUGUUUGGUCUUCACAUCCUCCUCAAAAAGCCCCUGCUCAUUCAGCAGAGGAACUCGCAGAAUUUGCUCUCUGGAGCAAGGAUUUCCAAACUGUGGUUUAAAAAAAGAAAUCGUCCCAAAUUCAUUCUAUCUUUUUAUUUCUUUUUGGAAAGGGCUGCAGUCAAAUAUCUUGGUGUUAAAAAGUGGGUUUUGUUAAUGAGAAUAAUGAAAUCCUACUUUUAAGAGAUGUGACUUCCCUUGGGGAUGGUUGUGUUCCCAAACACAGGCAGUGAACUACAGCAGGGCAUGAGGAGAGUGACAGGAGCUGUACUGAGCAAGAAAAAUGGACCAGAUCUGCUUCAGUGCAAGACUGGAAAAUAAAUGAAUUAAUUCAUUUAAAUGAAGAGAAUAAAUAGUGAAAAGUAUUAAUUGAAAGAAAAAGUUCUGAGCAAUGGGGAGAAAUUUGUUCAUUUGCAAACUUAAGCCUUACAGUGUCUCUUUAAAGGGAGAUUUUUAAAAAAUCACUAUUUUUUUCAGAUUAUUUUUGUUUAAAAGCACAGUGACUGCUUCUGAAAGUGAUUAUUUGGACAAAAUUUGGGGCAGCAUUCUGUAUUUACCAAUGUCACAAUGUCCAGUAGUUUCUCCAUGGCAUUUCUCAUUUUUCUGAAGGUUUCUUACAUGGCAAAAGGGAAAAAUAGAUCAGAGUGGUUUAAAACCUGCCAAAAAAUGGGCUUCACUGAUCAAGAGCAAGGAGGUCACCUAAAACUCUUAAUUUUUUCCCCCCAAACUAGUUAGACUUCAAGUUCAAAACACUUUUCAAGAAGCAAAGCCUUCACACAAAACAUAUUUACCCCAUUAGGUUAUCCAGGGUUUUUUUAAGAAGAAAAGGUUUUAUGAUGCCUGAAAUUUUUGGCUUUGGGAAUUGAUUAUUUUGUUGUUUGAGUGUUUGUUGUUAAACCCAGGCUUCCCUGAGCAGCUCCCAGAGCAUCCCAGCCUGUCAGGACAAGUCCCAGUGGCAGUGUCUGGUUGUGCCUCAGCACGUCCAAGGAUUUGGGGCUGCAUCCCAGGAACUGAUUUAUGGAACCAACAGCAGCCCAGGGAGCUCCCAGCACUCUGUUCUCACUGAGGUGGGGAGCAACAGGCUUGGAGCAUGAAAAAUUCAUGAUGCUCCAAGCUCUCCUUCAAGGGAGCAGAUGAGCAAUUCAAGGACCAUGAAAUGAAGUCAAGCUCAGUGAUUUAUACUCAGGGACACUGGAGGGAAACCCGAGUUUGAUGGAUAUGGAAAAACACUCCCAGCUGCAGCUUCAUCUGGCAAGACUGAGCUAAAUCAACCUUUUCCUCAUUAGGAGCAGCAAAAAUGCAAAUGGAAUCUGAUGAGUAUUUGUACAGCUCAGGGCUUUAAAAUGUACUUUGUGUUUUUCAUUUCCCUAUAUUAGACAGUUCUAGCCAUGA